AUGGAUAAGAAGUCGAGGAAACCCACAAUCCCCAAACUACCACAACAGUCCAAAACGUUUUAUGCCAAUGAGAUAAAAUUGAAAACAUCAACCAAGCCAAAACCAUCAAAAUCAAUAGAUCUUGACAAGAAGAGAAAAUCAAAGAAACCGAGACUUUCAAAACCACCAAAACCUUCAUAUAGUGGCACUGAUGACAAAAAAUUGAAGAAACCCACCCUCCAAAAACCGUUAAAACCUAAAAACAUUAACAGUGAGAAAAAAACAAUGAAACCACUAAAUUUGAUUAAUUGUGAUGUCAGUAAAAAAAGUUCCAAAAAUCCAACUCUCUCUGAACAAUUAAAAUCAAAUGCUAAGAGCAGCAACCAAACGAAACUUGAAGAUCAUCAGUCACCUCUUGACAUUAAUGAAAACAAUACUGAGAAUACAGAACAAUUUUUUGAAAGCAUGAAGGUAGAAGAGUUAAAAACAUAUAUAGGAGAAAGGGGUGUUCCAGUUCCUAAAUACAAGAAAAAUGACCUGAUUAUGUUAGCCAAGUCUCUACAUGAAAUGGGUGCAAUGACUGACCCUGAUUUUGAAAAGGAUUCAAUAGAAUGUUGUUUAAAUGAACGGCUUACUCUGCCUGCUGGUAAGAAGGUUCCUGAUCAUUUUUGUAUGAAGAAUAUGUCAUCUGACUUUUCAUCACUUCCUAAUUUUGGAUUAAUGGAUAUUUUCAAUCAUUUGAUAAUGAGUAAGGCAAAUUAUGACAAGGAACAGCUUUCUUCGUGGAGAAGUUUUGAUGAGUAUAUUCUUUGCCAAGCAGGACAUGUAAGAUUCCUUCAAACCAAAUUUUUUUGAUAAUGAUGAUAGAAAGUUCCAUGUAAUUGUAGCUCAUGUAAUCCCUAUUCAAAAGGAAUUGACACAAGAAGGUGAUAAAGCAUACAAACUAUGGUUUAUUUUACAACCUGAUGGAUCAGUUUAUUCAGCAUUCUGUCGAUGUAAAGGUGGAGCAGACCAAGGCUGCAGGCAUCUUGGAGCUGCAUUGUUUGAGUUAGAUGAAUUUCUGUCAAGUGAAAGAUGUUCUGUGACAUCUCUCCCAGCAUAUUGGAAUCCUAAACCAAAACCUGAAACAAAACCGAUUCCUUAUUUGGAAAUGAAACUUUUCCAUUCUGAAGGUCUGAACAGCAAAAGAAAGAUAACAAAUUAUGAUGAUUCUUGGAUUGACUCUUUUGAUCCAAGACCCACAAAGCAAAGAAAGGAUAUUUCACCUGAAGACAAAAUGUCAUUUGCAAAAAAGCUACAGGACAUUGAUGAACAUUCUGGUAUACUUGACUUUCUAUAUCCAGAUGAUGAGCCUGAAGAUUCAAAAGAGGAACAACAUGCAUGCUCAGAACAGAUAGAAGAUUUCUCACAUUUAACAAUCUUAUCAAGGGCCUGA